AUGCCUCAGAGCUCAUGUGGAAGGCAAAAUUCCAGUCAGUCCUGGGAAGAGGACCGAGUGGAAUUCGUCAACAUUCCAGCGCGUGGCAAGCUACAGACCCAAAUAUUUGAGACAAGGACCAGGGUUCAUUGCUACUUUGAUCCAGAAGAGGCUACGUGGUUGCGAUUGCCAAUUGCAUGGGAACUAUACUCACCAGCCGCUCGGCAUUUGGUAAAUCUUGUGAAGGAUGUAUGCCCUGGUUGGGGGGACGACGCAGACAUUUUGGCAGCACUGCGGGUGAGCAAUUACAAUGUUGACGACUGCGUUAACACCUAUCACAGUAGUGUGGGUAGAGAAAGCAGUUUUUCGGUGCAAGGAGCUUCAACGAGCAGGAUGGGCAGCAGUCCGAUUGCACGACAAAUCAGCUUCACACAAGAUCGUGCAUCACCAGAGAAUGGUGAUAAGGGAUUAAUUCAGAUAACCAACGAAGUGGGAAGUCUGCAACAACAGCUAACCGACGUGCUCAUUGAGUUGUCCCGUGAGAAGAGCAACAACGAACGGCUUAGACGGAUGCUUGAGAGGAAGGAAUCGGCUGAGCACGCAUCAAACACCAUACAAUUGCAGUUUGACCACACAGUCCAGCACGUCAGGAGCUGCUGCCAAGAAGUUCGGGAUAUCCUUCAUGGGACAAAGCACUUCGUUCAAGAUUUUGUGAAAACGGUGGCUUCUCUCGUCAAGCGUUCACACAGCAUAUACAUGGAGCAAACAAAGAAGUUGGUAGAAACUCGUGCCUUAUACCGUCUGGAAGCUCAACAGCGCCGACUGACUUAUAACACCUUGAUCGAACUGCGUGGGAAUAUCCGUGUGUUUUGUCGCAUACGCCCGAUCGACUGUGAUAGUAGUCGGCGUUGCUGGCUUCAGACAACGGACGCUGGGGAGCUAGUAGCUCAUCUUACAAGUUCAAACAAACGCCGGUUCCAGUUUGAUCACGUUUUCCAUGUGGAAGCUACACAAGAACAGGUAUUCGGUGAACUAAGUGAUAUCAUUGCAUCCUCUGUGGACGGAUACAAUGUCUGCAUUAUGGCUUAUGGCCAAACCGGCAGUGGGAAAACGUACACUAUGGAAGGUCCACCAGACAAACCUGGUGUCAACAUCUUAUCGAUACGCGAACUACUUCGAAUUGUUCAUCAACGUCACAAAGUGGAUUUUCAGUUAACCAUGAGUAUUCUGGAAAUCUACAACGAGAAUGUGGUGGAUUUGUUGAGUCCAGCGAACUCGUGUGAGCCUGUGGAAAUUCGACACUCCAACCAGUCUGUCAGCAUCGUUGGUGCAACAUGGGUUCCGGUAAAAGAUGAAGUGGAUAUGCAUAACGCGAUCAGUAUGGGGCAGCGGGGUAGACACGUGGCCGAAACGAAACUCAAUUCCAGCAGCUCGCGCUCCCACCUCAUCGUUUCUGUUUGUGUGGUUGGGACGGACAGAAUCUCUGGAGCGGUUAGUCGUGGGCAGCUGACGCUGUGCGACUUGGCAGGAUCGGAACGAAUUGAAAAAUCAGGUGUGACAUCGGGCGAGCGUUUUCAGGAGGCCACCUACAUAAAUCGUUCUCUAUCUGCGUUGGCUCAAUUACUGGGUCGUCUUUCGAUGAGUCGGGCAUACCAAUCACAUCACUCAAUUGUGAACACGUUCGCCUGUUCGGACGUCAUAAUUCAGAUGCGUCCAACGUGCGUUGGUGGGGUAGUGGUUACACGCCCGCCUCGCACGUCAGAUGUCCGGGGUUCAAAUCCCGGCAUGCCCAUUGGAUACGCACUGCUGAUGAGCACUAAUAAGAGCGAAACUCGAGUCCAGUGCUUCCCUUUGGUGUGGACUCAUCAGAACAAUUACGCCAGAACAGGAAUACGACCGUUCAAACGAGAGUGGUGUAACUACGAACAAAAAUACCUAUCCCACAAAACCCCAAAAUUGAUUACGUUGCUGAAAAUCCAUCGACAGCCCACGACCGGUUUCGCCCUUCUUGAGGUUCAUCAGAUAUUCGCACUCUCCGAGUUUCCGUCAACCUUACGUUCCACUUGGAACCAAAAUGUACGAAAUUGGCGAAAUACACUCAUUUGCAUUAUGUGUUGUACAUGCCUAAUCGUGAACGUUACAACCGACAGAAACAGUGUAUCGGAGACUAUGUCAACUCUACAGUUUGGCACAAACGCGCGUCAAGUUGCCCUUGGUCCAGCGAAAGCACACGUGAUGAAUAUGGGACCGUAG